CGCUGCUAGUUGCUAUGGUGACACGUCGAGGCCUGGCUGGAGUUUUGAAUCCUCGGGAUGCAUCCAGAAGUUCUGCAGCUGAACGGCGUCCCUCAGCUCCGGUCCGUUAACAGCCGGCAGCUCACCCAGGUUGUGUUCUGUAACCGGAGCCCCCGGACCGUGCAGCCCAUCUGGGUGAACUUCCAGGGAGACCCGCAGCCCUAUCCCGUGCUGGCACCCGGCACCGGCCGCAGGAUGAACACCUACCUGGGUCAUAUUUGGUUGUUUCGGGAAGUGGACACAGACGUGGCGCUAAACGUCAACAAGAAAGAGAUCUACAUCCCCUCCCCGAAUGUGAACGGACAGCCUGCCAUUGUAAAGAUCUGCCUGCCAGUUUUUACCUUGAAAGAUUGCUGCCUUCAGGUGAUCAGGAACCUGGUGAAGCCGGAAGAUUACAGAAAACUGGAAAUCGUAGCCUCACUCUACGAUGAUCUAGAUAACCGUCCAAACAUCGAGAAGGAUUUGCGCCGCCUGGCCAUUCACUUCAGAGAUGGGAUAAUGCCAGAAAAUGUGUAAUCUUUUUAUAGGCGAAGAGGUUUAUGUAGUUGGAUGGCGACUUCUAAUCUAGAUUUUCCCAUCGCUGGUCCACUCCUCAGACCAAGACGUUUGGCUGAAUAUAAGACUGAGGCUGGAGAGGUGAAAGCUCAGCCUAAACCUUGUGCACAGAUGCUGCCAUCUAUUACUGACCUGUAACAUGGAGCAGGAGACUGAGGUUGGAGGGGGAGACAGGUCAGGAAGAUCCAAAUGCAAUAUAUCCCAGUAUCAUGUGUAGCUAUAAAACUCCAUGACUGGCUGCAGGUUUUUUUAAAAGCAGCGGCAGAUGUUUGCUUCUUAAAUGGAAUUGAACCUUGAAGUCUAUUUUCCAUUCAUAUGUUCUAUAUAUGUUUAAUAUGUUCUAUUGCUCCCUGUUGUCAGCCAGUGGCUGACUAUAGAACUGUUUUCUUCAUUUCAAGGAGAGAAACCUUUCUGCCCCCCAUGAUAUGUCACAUUUACAUAUCUCCUGUGCUGUGAGCCUCUACAAACAUAACUGUGACUGGUAUCUGCGGCUCCUCUAUUAACACGGUUGCAUUAGAAGUGCCAGGUUUUUACAGGCAGCGGCCCUUUGUAAUGUACAUUGUCAUCAUGUGAGAUUGGGCGCUAAGAAAGGAGCAGAGCUGUAGCUCUACCAUGAGUCAGCUGCCGCUAAGACCUUUUAAAAAGGAAGUGUACAUUGUUUUUGGGAAAAGAGAAAAACAAGCUGGUUGUAUUAACUCCUUAAGGAUGCAUACCUGUACGCCCUGUGCCCGCUCCUCUUCUAAACCUGCAUCAUUACGUCAAAUGUGAAUUACCCCCUUCCGUAAUAAAAGGAAUCACCCUAUUCCAAAAAAAAAAUAUAUAUAUAUAUAACAUUUGUGGUAUUGCAGUGUGCAUAAAUGUCUGAACUUUAAAAAUAUAACGUUCAUUAAACCGCACUGUUAAUGGCGUAUACCAAAGUCCAAAAUUGCAUAUUUUUGGUCCCUUUUUAUACCCUAAAAAAAUGAUAAAAAUUCGAAAGUCUCAAAAACAAAAAUGGUACAAAAAAAAUACAGAUCACAGCGCUACAAUGAGCCCUCACACAUCCCUGUAUACAGAAAGAUUUAAAAAGUGUUAUAGGGGGUCAGAAUAGGACAAUUAAACGUAAUAAUUAGAUUACAAAGUAAAAUUGGUAGCGCAAAAAAACAAGCCCUCAUAUUGGUCUGUAGGUGGAAAACUAAAAGUGUUAUGAUUUUUAGAAGGUGAGGAGAAAAAAUGAAAAAACCCUGAGUCCUUUAACCUGUUAAGGACCAAGGAUGUACCGUUACGUCCUGAGUUCUUUCCCUUUCUAUAACACGGGGCCACAACUGCCGGGACCCGUGGCUAAUAGCGCGUGGCAGUGAUCGCGGUUCCGCGCGCUAUUAACCCUUUAGACGCGGCGUUCAAAGUGAAACCAUGCCCGUUAGCUCAGGGAGCUGUUCGGGACCGCCGCGGCGAUUAACACCUCCCCUAAUAAAAGUUUGAAUCACCCCCCUUUUCCCAUUAAAAAAAGAAAACUGUGAAAAUAAAAAUAAACAUGUGGUAUCACCGCGUGCGAAAAUGUCCAAAUUAUAAAAAUAUAUUGUUGAUGAAACCGCACGGUCAAUGGCGUACGCGCAAAAAAAUUCCAAAGUCCAAAAUAGUGCAUUUUUGGUCACUUUUUAUAUCAAUAAGUCCUAUCAAUGCAAAAAUGGUACCGCUAAAAACUUCAGAUCACGGCGCAAAAAAUGAGCCCUCAUACCGCCCCAUACACGGAAAAAUAAAAAAAGUUAUGGGGGUCAGAAGAUGACAAUUUGAAACGUAUACAUUUUCCUGCAUGUAUUCAUGAUUUUUUUCAGAAGUACGACAAAAUCAAACCUAUAUACCGUAUUUAUCGGCGUAUAACACGCACUUUUUAGGCUAAAAUUUCCUGGGGGUGUAUCGGGGUAUACACGCGCACACACGCACCCUCAUUUUACCAUGGAUAUUUGAGUAAAAAACUUUUUUUUACCCAAAUAUCCUUGGUAAAAUGAGGGUGCAUGGUAUACCCCGAUAAAUACGGUAAGUAGGGUAUCAUUUUAAUCGUAUGGACCUACAGAAUAAUGAUAAGGUGUAAUUUUUACCGAAAAAUGUACUGUGUAGAAAUGGAAGCCCCCAAAAGUUACAAAAUGGCGUUUUAUUUUUUUUCAAAUUUGUCUCACAAUUAUUAUUUUUUUUUUUUUUUUUCAGUUUCGCCGUCGAUUUUUGGGUAAAAUGACUGACGUCAUUACAAAGUAGAAUUGGUGGUGCAAAAAAUAUGCCAUCAUAUGGAUUUUUAGGUGCAAAAUUGAAAGAGUUAUGAUUUUUUAAAGGUAAGGAGGAAAAAAAGAAAAAUGCAAAAACGGAAAAACCCCGGGUCCUUAAGGGGUUAAGGGCUCAAAAGAAGCCAUGAUUGCUCAGCAAUUUUGCUAGCAUAUCACAACAUUGUUUAGUCAGUGAAUGUAAGCAGUCACAUGCUACCUGCACAGUAUUUCAAUGGAUAGUUCCAAUCGAAAAAGUGUGGGCAAGUGUCUCAGUAAUUCUAAAAUGCUAAUUAUAAACUGCUAGAGGAUAAUUUGCCCAUAGCAACCAGUGGGAUUCCUGCUCUCAUUUUCUAAACCAGUGGUCUUCAAACUGUGGCCCACCAGAUGUUGCAAAACUACAAUUCCCAGCAUGCCCGGACAGCCGUUGGCUGUCUGGGCAUGCUGGGAGUUGUAUUUUUGCAACAUCUGGAGGGCCACAGUUUGAAGACCGCUGUUCUAAACCACUAACUUUGUUAGAGUGGGAAAUCCAUCUUUCAUUUUCUUAUGAUAAAUCUCCCCCUUUUGAUGAUUCGGUUCUGUUGUAUAUUGUAAAUUUGGCGCUAAGGGAUACACACAUUAUACAACUCUAUACAUUCCAGUGGCCGAUACUGUGAGGUUGGACGUCAUUCGGUGAUGAGAAUCUAUUAGCUCUGCUAGUUCUAUGCAUUUAUUUUGUAUUAUUUGUACAGAUUUCUUCAUUUUAUAUGUUGAAAUUUAUUUCUAUCCAGUGUAUAUAUAU